AUGAGUGGCGAUUUCUUAGGCGGGUUAAAAAACCUCCUAAGUGUAGCUCUUAACGAGGUUUUGGGCGACACAUCAGCAGGCGAGGCCGAGAAGACUGAUUUUCACGUCAUCUACGCCAACAACAGCCUGCUUCGACUUGACUACAUGAUGUAUAAGUACACUUUCGCUUCGAAAGGAUUGAAGGACGAAUGCACGAAUGCUUUCUGCUACUGCAUGCAGGUCGGCAUUUUAGACCUGGAGAAAGUGGAUCCGCAGAUAAUGUUGUACGAGCUGACCAGAGCCGUUGGAGAAGAGGCACUUCCAAGCGCAUUAACGCAUUAG